UUCCUCUUUGCUUGGUUGCCACCUUUGUAUCCUUAGAUUCAGUUUGAUCUGCAGCUACUUAACCCUACAUUAAUGGCUGUCUGCUGUUUUCAUUCUCUUCUUUUUCUCCUUGUCUCUUUCCUUCUCAGCCAAACCACGGCAGAUGCUGCAACAUGUAGCGACUGCUUCACUCAAUCACGAGCAGCUUAUUACCCAAACUCUCAUGAAAAGGGAACAGAAGAUGGGGCAUGUGGGUUUGGUUCAUUCGGAGCAACAAUCAAUGGUGGUGAUGUAUCAGCUGCAUCUGACCUAUACAGGGAUGGUGUGGGGUGUGGUGCCUGCUACCAGGUGAGAUGCACCAACAGUCAGUAUUGCUCAGAAAAUGGAGUGACUGUAGUCAUCACAGACCAUGGCUCAAGUGAUCGAACUGACUUCAUACUGAGCAAGCGUGCCUUCAGCAAGAUGGCUCAGACUACAGAUGCAGCUGCAUCUCUAUUAGCCCUUGGUGUGGUUGACAUCGAAUACCGACGUGUUUCAUGCAGUUAUCCAAGCAAAAACAUCCAAUUCAAGAUUGACGAGAGCAGCAACUACCCCAACUAUUUGGCCUUCGUUUUAUGGUAUCAACAAGGCAAGAAAGAUGUCACUGCUGUGCAGCUAUGUGAGACUAAAAAUUUUGUAUGCAAGCUUCUGGACCGGAGCCAUGGAGCAGUCUGGGGCAGUGUCAUGCCGCCGAGCGGACCCUUGUCGAUAAGGAUGUUAUUAACAGACAGUGACACCGGAGAUGAGACAUGGUUGGUGCCUACUAAUAACAUUCCCCAGGACUGGAAGGCCGGAGAAGUAUACGACUCUGGAGUACAAGUAGACUGAUCAUAUAUCAUGGCCAACUACAUUCAUACCAGUCAAUUAAUAAGCUUAAUUAUAUAUAGGUAUAUAGGUCCAUUAAUUUGUUGUUAUGUGCUGACCAGAACAAAGAGAAGUGAUAAUGAUAUGCUCUGUAUUAAUUCUUUUUGCUUUCUUUUGAUGCGGUUGGAAGGGAGAUUAUGAAGUCUUGAUUAAUGUGUGGAA